AUGCGGCGGAAUGACGUCAGCGCGUGGCGGCCCGCCAACGAAUUCACCAGCUGCUGCGAGGAGGGGGAUGGCGCGGGGAGAGGGGGGACGCAUGACUCGGGGGCAGAUUCUUACAGGGGUGAUGCGUGGUGCAAUGGGGUUGGAAUGGGUGGUAAGGAGGGAGAUGAAGGUCGCAUGAGUGGUAGAGCACGAGAGGGAGGUAGGGAUGGGGAAUAUUCAUACGAGAUCGAUUGGGACGGGUACUCUGCCCUGCCCUCUCUACCGCCUCCGCAUUCGUUUGGGGAGACGGCCUUUGAGGCGCCUCUAGAGCAGCAGGAGUAUGCUUCAGUGGCGACAAAUUCUGAGGGGUCUGCAGCAGGCCCGCAGGGGUGUGCUUGGCAGAGGCAGCAAGAAGGGUACGCUUCCCUGCCGUUGCACUCUCAACCGGACUUCGAGCGUUCCUAUGGGAAGACUGAGACGGCCUUUGAGGCGCCUCAACAGCAGCACGGGUUUGGUCGGUGGCAGCAGCAAGGGGGGUACUCUGCCCUGUCCACGCACUCUCAACCGGACUUUGAGCGUUCCUAUGGGGAGACUGAGACGGCUUUUGAGGCGCCUAGAGAGCAGCAGCAGCAGCGUGCUUGA